AACGGCUCAGCCCAGCGCCUACAUCAACAAACAUCAUCAACACGGCAAACAAUGCCAUGGAAGCAACCAAGGCAAACAAGCUGCUUAGCGAGACCACACACAACCAUAUAGGACUUCUUCGUGUAAAUAGAUUUGCCUCUUCUCUUUUCUUCUCCAGAUUCGAUAUUCUCGUCGAUGGCUACAAUAGUUUAGAUAGGAAUAUCAGUUCGUCAGUAUCUACUAUUCCGAGCCCGUGACACCUUCAGGAAGAGGCCCAAAAGAGAUCUCUCUGGC